UUGAAAUGUUGGUUCACUGAGAAUGUGCUCUGAUCUUGGGUCCUUUGAUAUGACCUUAUAUGCAACUGACAGACAACAGUACCAAGACAAAAGGAAGAAGAGGAUAGCUAUUUGGAUGCCAACAGCCACCAUUUUGAGACUAACUGAUGUCCAAGUUUGUGUACUGAGUAACAGAUCACCAAUGUUAAAUAAUGAGUUCCCAGUAUUGUAAACUUUUUGUUGGUGGACUGAAUGUGAAUACUGACAGCAAUGAUCUGCGAAAGCAUUUCGAGCAGUAUGGUAAGCUCACUGACUGCACUGUCAUCGUGAAUAAGCAGCUGCAGCGGUCCCGUUGUUUUGGCUUUGUAACCCUCACCACACUGGAGGAGGCUGACACAGCAGUUAAAGCUGGGCUGCACACUAUCGAUGGCCACAUAGUUGAAGUGAAGCAGGCCAUCGUAAGAGAGGACGCCAACAAACCAGAGGCCCUCAAAAACAUGAAGAAAGUCUUUGUUGGUGGUCUGAAAGAUGACAUUGAGGAGGAACAUCUGAUGAACCAUUUCAGGCCGUAUGGUGAUAUUGAGAAGGCUGUAGUAAUCUCAGAUAAGGAUACAGGAAAGAAACGAGGGUUUGGCUUCAUCUUCUUUGUUGAACAUGACGCAGCCAAGAAGGUGAUCGCAGAGAAGUUCCACAAUAUCAAUGGACACACAGUUGAGGUGAAGAAAGCCAUGACCAAGUAUUGGAUGCAGGACACCAGCAGAGACAGCAUAGCAAUGGGCAGCCAGGCAGGUAGAGGCAUGAGGGUAAAUCUAAAUGGCAACAGCGCCAAGGACUAUGGUGCAAACUAUCACUAUGGAAACACGAAUGGAAACUACAGAAAUGGUGGCAACUACAACUUUGGCAGCAGCUAUAGAGGAUACCCUGGAUAUGUUGGAGGUUAUGGGGACCAGGAAAGUGGCUAUGGUGGUAGAAACGGCUAUGAGUUUGGAAGUGGCUAUGGCCAGCAUACAUCUGGUUAUACAUCCUUUGGCCCUCAGGGAAGUUCUGCCCCCUAUAGCAGAGGCGGUGGCGUUGGCUACCCGAUGGAAGGUUAUGGUAGCAGCUAUGAAAAGAGGAUAUUCCAUGGAAAAUCGAGCACCCAUUACUCACCACAUUACUUCUAACCAGGAUUUGAACUUCAAAACUCAAUGGCUUCUGCUGUGAAAAGGACAAUGAAUGUGCUAAUGUUAAACAAUUGAUCUGACACUGUAAAAAGAAUGUUAAACCUGGCUUUAAAAAACCCAUAUGCAUUGAACAUACCAGUUUUGGGUAUCUGUCCAAAAACAAUUAUGAAGACACUGAUAAAGAUUUAACCUUUCUGUAAAUCUUCUUUGAUGGAUUGGGUCUUUCCUGUAAGUCUGACUGCAAUAAAAACUAAU